UACUACAGGCCGGCUCACAUUUACUGGCAUAAUAAUUUGCAUUGCAGUACCGAUUUUUCUGGAAGCGCUUAAUUUUUGUAAAAUUAAAAUGAAGCUUGUGAGAUUCUUAAUGAAGCUUAGUCAUGAAACUGUUACCAUUGAACUUAAAAAUGGAACUCAAAUUCAUGGAACAAUCACUGGAGUAGACAUUGCUAUGAACACUCAUCUGAAAUCCGUAAAGAUGACCAUAAAAAAUAGAGAUCCAGUGCAACUGGAGACCCUUAGCAUAAGGGGAAAUAAUAUAAGAUACUUCAUUUUACCAGAUAGUUUACCGUUGGAAACGCUACUUAUUGAUGAUACUCCGAAAUCCAAAUCCAAAAAGAAAGAUACCAGUCGAGUCGGAACUAGAGGAAGAGGUAGGGGAACCCGCGGACGUGGUGGACCUCGUAGCCGCGGUAGAGGAAGAUCAUCAGGUAGAAGAUAAAAAAGUUUUUACGAACUAGUACAUAAAGGAACUGGCGCGAACGCUCUAAAAACUAUACGUCAUAUAAAAUACAAAGGAAUGUUUUCUUUCGUGUACAUCUUUCUCUAUAAUAAAAUUGAAUUAAAUUACUUCUUUUUUUUUAUAUGUGAGGCAUAGGUCGCUAAGACCGCCUUUACUGCCUGGUGUCUAUAUGAAAACUUGAAGAAGAUGCUGUCGGGCGAUUCCCUCAAGCUUUGCGUACGGCAAUUAGUUUUUUCGUUAAUGGAAUUAAUGGAGUUAAGAAUAUUGAAUUGCUGUUCCUUCUUGUGGUAUUGGUUUUUUCCAAUAACUUGGAACUUGAAAAAUUUUACAUUUUUUAAGAAAUUUUAUUUUCGAACUCACCUUCUCCUGGGAUAUGUGUUAAAAAAAGAAGUUCUGUGGAAGUACUAAUAAAUUUGGAAAUAAUACAGCCUGGGCUAGGGGUUUGGCAGAACCUAAAUUAGGUCGCAAAAAUUCAUAUUUGAAAACCGAGCAGUUUGCGUUUUGAUUCGUAUUUCAAAAGUUGUCCCAAGAAGUAAGCUGUUGUUCGCAAACGUAUUUGCGCAGUGCAGACAUGAGUCGCCAUUACCAGCAUUAUAUUCCCGGAUUUCCAUGCAGUGCAGUACAUUCUAAGAGCCUCCAGAAUGUAAGUCGUUUUUUUGCUUUACUUGAAAUGGUUUUCAACAAUAAAAAUGCACAACAAACCGGGCUGCUUUCGCUAAGAAACACUUGUUCACAAACAAAAAUCCGAUAAAGCCAUGUUUAACGUACCCCCAAUCCGCAAGCGUCCACUACAUACAACUAAAAUUUGAAUGGCUACAUAUUUUCUUAAAGAACAUUGCAGGAGUGAAACGUCAUGUCCGGAAUACUUUUCAGUUCAUUGAAUUGUUUAUGUUCUAAAACAGU